AUGUCGUCUACAGCAUUCAGGAAGCAAAUGCCUCAAGGGACUUCGCAUGCCGGCUUCUCCAUGACGGUAACAGCGUGGGCAAGACGGGCAAACAAUAUCCAGCUCCAUUCGCCAACCAUGAGAAUUUCCAAUUUUGGAAACCGCCACCUUACUGGGAGAUCCCCAGGGGCCGACCGCAUAAUCUUCAGCAGCGCCACCGAAAAGUGCGAUUAUGCGGGCUUUAUUACGCACAGGAAUGCAGUGGGUAAUAGCUUCACGGAAUGCAAAGUCUAUGGCCACGCAUAA